AUGACCGACUCGGGAACCGGGUCUUCCAGCAAGCUGCUUCGAGAGAGUCUUUCCUUUGCGGAACCGUCACUCACUGAUCCUCACACCCCGCAAGGGGCCCUGAGCUCAAGUUCGGCCAUGUUGUCUGUCGAUUUUUCGACUCCACUUGCCGGAGCUGCUCGCAUGGAGAGGAUUAAGCAGAUGGCCCAUAACCACCUUGCUUUUGAAAAAUCACGCCAUACGCAAGAGAUUCUGGUCAGGGCGCAGCACGCCCUUCGUCGCAUGCCUGGCGUUUCGGGGCAAGAAGCCAACGAACUCGUGGCUCAGUUGCAGGAAGUAGGGCAAAUCAUCAACCAGGAGACGACCCAGCUUGUCGACGCCCUGAUGAAUGUGACUCUCGAUCAGGAGGAGACAGACAAGGCCAUUGCGAGAAUGAGCAUUGACGCAAACCUGGCGCAGGCUAGGACUGAUGACCAGGCUCAGACCAUCAGCGACCUCCGCGCAGAGGUCAAGGCCGAGAGGGAGAAGCGUGAGAGGGUCGAGGCCCAGGCCAAGCAGGCCUUGCAGAGGUUCGAGACCGUGGGCGAGGAGCUCAAAAGAGUGAAAGAAGACAUGGUCCGGGAGCGAGUAGAGACUACCUCGCCCGAUGACCUGGUCAAGAGCCUCGCGGAGAACUUGCGACAGAUGAACAAGCGUAUGCUCAGCACGGCUCCCGCUUGGGUCAACGAGCAGCGCGAGGCUCGGACUGCUGAGAGCAAUCAGGAGGAUAAGCAAGUUGUCCAGCAGAAGACGCUUCCUGAAGCUGCCAAGACGCCCGUCGAGGGUGGUGGCGGCGGCGAUUCCCUGGUGGCCCAUGCUGGCAGCAGAGAGGACAUGGGUCGCUCCUCGCUCGCCGAUGCGGCCUCGGGCCCGGUCCGCAUCUCCCCGGCCUUUCAGUCCAUGGCCCGGACUCCGACGGCUGCGCCUCCCAAGUUUGGGCCGCUCCAGGCCGGGCCGCCCCGAGCCCCAGCUGCCAUGUCUCACGAGCGCCGCUUCCAGGGAUCCUGGGCCGGCCAAGGCCGCCCCUGUUCGACGGGCGCCAACGGCGGCUUCAUGAGCAGCUCAGCCUUUAGCAACCCCCCGCGCAAGGGCGGGUUCCAGCCGCUCCCGCGCUACAGGCCCAACGGCAGCGGCGAGUAUCACCUCUACUCGGGCUUCGGGACGCCCCAGGAAUGCAGUCGGCCCGCCAGCUCGUUUGGUCACCGACGCGAAUACUACCCGUCGACGCCGACCUCGGCCGGGCGCAACAGAUAUGGCCGCUUUGCCGACACGCCUGUUCCUCCUCCACCCGGGGCCAUGGAGUUUGGCGGCCCUCCUCCGUCGUCGUCGUCGGCCAUGGUCAACCGCGGCAGCUUCACGGGUCCACCGAUCCAUCUGACGGAACGGGCCAUUGUGGCGUGGAACGCGCAGAUUAUGGACUUUUACAGCACCAUCCGCCACUUUGUCGCGCGGCACGCCAGCGAGCCUGAGCACGACAUGGCGCAAGUCAGCCACGGCAGCCUGUGGCCCGUCAUGCUGGCCAUGCACCACCCGCUGUCCGAGUCGGAUGCGGCGUCGUACCUCGGCUUUCACCUCCGCAGCGAGAACUCCAAGGCGUGUGUCGUGACGCGUGUCAUUGUCGACUACGCUGUCAACCGCGUGUGGGUGCCCGGUGCCUGGACCGGGUCGGACAGCAAGACGACAUAUGACUUGAUUGACUUGCAGCGUGACUUUGAGGCGACCCAAGGUCAACCCUCGGCGGCGCGGCAGCCGCUGCUCAACCAGCAGGCGUCCAUCAUUGGAUACAUCAUGAAGAACGAGCAGGGGACGGCAUGGCACAAGCACAAGAUCGACGACAUUGCGCGCAUGCUGCAGACGACGGUGCAGCCGCUGCUCAACAAGUUUGCCAGCCAGGCCGAGGCGUAUCGCGACCUCGAGCACGUGGCCGAGCUGGCGUGGGAGCUGUCGUCCAAGAUGCUCAGUAUCACUGAAGACAUUGAAGACACUGAAGACACCGAAGACACUGAAGACACCGAAGACACCGAAGACACUGAAGACACCAAACUGAGUCCCGUCGAACUAUUAGCGUUCAGCGAAGUCGCGAUGGCCGAAGAUAACAACAACAUGCAGCCGGACGUCCUCAGCGCCCUGGUUGCCGAGAUACGAAGUCUGAGAGAAGAGAGUUCCCGAAGAAACACCCAGUUUGAAGAACGUUUUAUUGCCCUGGAACUCCAACAACACCAGCAAGCCCGUUCGUCUGAACUCCUAGAGCCAACGCCAUCUGUCACCCCGGCUGUCCCCAUUGAGGACACUCGUGUGGUCGCCACUCACAACCCUCACCCAACCAAGCGCCCCAAAUUACGAGACAUACCGAAAUUCGGCGGCGACAAGGCCCAGUGGCGAAGCUGGAAACUAGAAACCGAAGGAAAGCUACGAGUCGACAAAGAAGCCCUUGGAGAUGCAGAAGGCCACUUUAUGUACAUCUUCAUGAGCCUAGAAGGCAAGGCUAAAGACAACGUGACCACAUUUGUGGAGAUGCAAACCGAGAAGAAAACGUUCAAUGUUGCUGAACUACUCAACCGCCUCGAAUUGCUCAGCUAUGUUGGGCUGGCGAGGAGGUGCGAUUCGCUGAGCAGCCAGAUGGAAUUGUUGGGUCAGUGGAAAAGGCCUCGAGGCAACACAAAGAGUUCGGACAACUAUGACAACCACCAGAAUCAUGGAGGCCAGGCUGCCCAGAAACAGCCUGGCCAGAAAACCGAAGUUAGACGAGAGGAUAUGAUGGAAUGGGAACCAACUCUACAAGCAUCCGCGAAAGUGAACGCUGCGCGCACCCGCAGUGAUAAGAACACAUAUGGUUACCAAUCCAAGCGACCAGAAGACCAAGCGCUGUUGGGCAAGCGUGCCAACGGAGACGGCAAGGAGGUCAAAAUCGACAAGAUCACGUAUGUGUCGAUCGACCUCGAUGGACAUCAGCAGCAUCGUGUUUUCAUGUACGUCAUCGACGAUCUGAACUGGGAUAUGAUCCUGGGUAAACGAUGGAUGGAAGACCAGGAUGUUCACAUCCAUGCGAAGGAAGGAUAUCUCGAGAUCGGGUCCAAUGGAGUUCAAUACCACAAGUGGUCUCGAGCUUUCUCAGCAACUGGCCGACCAGCUGCCCCUCAUCGGCCAGGUGUGGACCUGAAGAUCGAAGUGCUGAAAGACGACAUGUCCCGCGAGGAGCUAUUGGUACUACGGAAGACUCUCACAGAACUACUCGACAAGGGAUUUAUUAGAGUCAGCAGCUCGCCAGCCGCGGCACCAGUCCUUAUGAGGGACCGCUAUCCCUUGCCCUUACUGAGCGAGACCUUGCGAACGAUAGCCAAGGCAAGGUGGUUCACCAAGACAACUUUCAGAACGCGCUAUGGAUCCUUCGAAUGGCUGGUAGUUCCAUUCGGCCUGACAGGCGCACCAGCAGCCUUUCAGCGGUACAUUAACAGCGCGCUCCAGGAUUACCUAGACGAUUUUGUGUCAGCAUAUAUCGACGAUGUCCUGAUCUUCUCCUCUGGAAGCCUGCAAGACCACCGCGACAAGGUCGGCAAGGUCCUCCAACGACUGAUGGACGCCGGGCUGCAACUGGAUAUCAACAAGAGUGAAUUCGAAGUCAAGGCUGUGAAAUACCUUGGGUUUAUCAUCGAGGCGGAGUGUGGGAUCCGAGUCGACCCUGAGAAGGAUGUUUAUGCCAGAGUUCUCGGUGAUAGCGGAGCGCUAACGCGGCUAACGAAGAAGGACGUGCCAUUCCGUUGGGAUGAAUUGUGCGAAGAAGCCUUCGAGAAGCUCAAGGACUUGUUGAUCACGGCCCCGAUCCUGCACACUUCCAUCCAGAAAGGGAGACUAUCGUGGAAGCAGACGCUUCAGGAUUCGCCCGAAGCGAACUACGCUAUCCAUGACAAGGAGCUACUCGCCAUUCUCAGAUGUUUGGAGCAGUGGGAACCAGAGCUACGGGCAGUAGAGCACUUCAAGAUCCUAACGGACCACAAGAACCUGAGGUACUUCUACUCGGAAAGGAGGUUGACAGAGAGACAAGUGCGGUGGUCGGAGUUCCUGUCCAGGUUCCAAUUCGAGCUCGAAUGGAGGCCGGGCCGCAAGGGCGGAUUGCCUGACGCACUCUCUCGACGGGACCAGGAUAUGCCGGCCAACUACUCCGAUGAACGACUAAAGGGACGCAUUAUGAGGCUAUUCCAAAAUGAUCACCUUAGAAGGGUCCCAAUAUCGACAUUGUCUACCAACACCGAGGGUGCCCAGGAAAUCAACUUCGGAAAAGAGAUCAGGAUAUUUGAAGAUGAGGAGUUACAGCAGCUGUGGCACGCCGCACGAGAACGCGUCUGGAUACCCGGUUCGGAGCCGCUACGUACAAAGAUCAUCCAGGAAACUCACGACUCUCAUAUCACCGGACAUCCUGGAAGGGACCUCACGUACUCGACUCUGUCGAGACGCUUCUUCUGGCCGGGUGCCGCUAGCGAUGUACGUCGGGAUACAAAGAAAGGACUCCUAAAGCCGCUCCCUAUUCCGCAACGCAUAUGGAGCGAAAUUACCAUUGACUUUAUUACUGACCUCCCACCGUCGGGGAAAGAUGGCGCGACGAACUGCAUGGUGGUCACGGACCGACUCACCAAAGGCAUGCUAGGGAUCGAGCAGCGGUUGUCGACGGCGUACCAUCCACAAACCGACGGUGCAACAGAACGAAUGAACCAAGAGGUAGAGAGGAUUCUUCGGAUAUGGACGAAUUAUCUGCAGGAGAACUGCUCGCGGCUGACGUUUGACUUUCGCUUCCCCGAGAUUGGCGCGCGCUUCUCGUCGCAGUCGAUGCUGCCCAUCUGGCCUCGCAUGGACCCGGCUGACCUACAGGCCAAGCACUGGCGCGUGGCCUUUGUCACGACGCCGGCCAUUACCUGCCGCAACGACACGGGGGGCAACAUCUCGGCGCACUCGGUCUCGCUGGCCGACGUGCUUUGCAUGCAGUGA